GGGGAGUUGUCGUUAUGGACGUGUAGCUACGCUCAGGAGGAGGAGGAGGUGUGGGUCGCCCUCCGCCGUGUUUGCAUCUGUUCGAGUGAGGGAGGCGACAAGGCUACCUUUGGAUGGAAUCAUGUCACAGGCGGCCGGCAUUGCGACCACAGCAUCAGUGUAACACACGGUGGCCAUAGGCGGUUCCAAGGCACACAGAAAUGGGUGGGCAGAUAACGCGAAAUGCUUUGUACGACUCCCUCGGUGGCCCCUUCCCAUCCACAUCCCACCGCUGUCAUCACAAACACAAGAGAUGCCUGCCUAUCCAGUGUGCCAGUGUUGGUGGUCCCUUUCCAGUCAGCCCACUUCUCUUCCAUCCUAAUGCUAAGGGUUCCCAAAUUGUCAUGGACCUUUCCCAGAAGAUAGUCAAGAGGCAGGGUAGUUUCUGCAAUGCCAUCACCUUCAGCAACAGGCCCAUAGCCCUGUAUGAGCAAGUCCGCCUCAAGAUUACAAAAAAGCAGUGUUGUUGGAGUGGAGCGCUGCGUCUGGGGUUCACCUCCAAAGAUCCCUGCAGGAUAAACCCAGACAACUUGCCAAAGUAUGCCUGCCCAGACUUGGUGUCCCAGAGUGGCUUCUGGGCAAAGGCUCUACCUGAAGAGUUUGCUAACGAGGGGAAUGUUAUUGCCUUCUGGGUUGACAAGAAGGGCCGUGUUUUCUACCGCAUAAACGAGUCCAGCCCCAUGCUGUUUUUCAGCGGAGUCCGAACCACCGAGCCCCUCUGGGCUCUAAUUGAUGUUUAUGGUCUGACCCGUGGAGUGCAGCUGCUAGACAGUGAGAUUGUUCCUCCUGACUGCCUGCGCCCACGCUCUUUCACAACAGUGCGCUCCUCCUCUCUCCGCCGUGAGGCAGAUGACUCCCGUCUCUCUGUUAGCCUGUGUGACCUCAACCUUCAACAGGAGGAUGGAGGCAACUCCCACAAUCACUCACACCAUCAAACGCUCCACCUGGCCCCAGCCUCCUCUGUCUGUCCCAUACCCCAGAACUCCCUCAACUCACAGCAAUCAUCUCUUCUGCCGUCAGUCCUGGAGAAUGAUCUCCACUUCCACCAGUUGCGUGGGGCCCAUAUUAAGACGCUCGAUGAACAGACUGUGGCGAGAUCGGAGCAUUCACGUGAGGAGCGCACUUUGGUUUUUACCAACCGACCCUUACGAACUGGAGAGUGUGUGUUUAUCAAAGUCACCAAGUCCAGUCCAGCCCGCUCUGGCUCCUUGUCCUAUGGAGUGACAUCAUGUGACCCGGCUGUGCUGCGCCCCAGUGACCUGCCAUAUAAUCCAGAGGCUCUAGUCGACAGAAAGGAGUUUUGGGCAGUGUGUCGAGUGCCCACGCCUCUACAAUGCAGUGAUAUCCUAGGUUUCUUGGUCAACCAAGAAGGGGAGAUCAUCUUAAGCCACAAUGGCGCCAAUGUUGGCAUGCAAGUAUGUGUGGACAACUCGCGCCCACUCUGGAUGUUCUUUGGCCUGCAUGGUGCUGUCACUCAGCUGAGAAUUCUGGGCUCUACUCAUGUUGGAGAUAGACGGGCCGGGUCGAACCCCAGUUCGCCGUCCUCAUCACCGCACACUCCAAUUGCCCUGGGCAGCGGCAGCUCAGAUCCUGUCCUCAACGGAGGCUUGUGCUCGGCAGCUUACUGCAGCUCAGUAGGGGGUAGGUCCACCCAUACGGCCACUACAGAAGCAGGGAAUCAGGAACAACCCCAAAUUCUCCGGUCAACCUUCCUAAGUCGCCUACCUUCCCAUCAGGCCGUGGGCCUCGGUCUGAUGAGUGCUCCAUCUGUUACGAGAACCCAGUGGACACAGUCAUCUAUGCCUGUGGACACAUGUGUCUUUGCUAUACCUGUGGCCUGAAGCUCAAGAAAAUGUCCAACGCCUGCUGUCCCAUCUGCAGAAGGCAGAUUAAAGACAUUAUCAAAACUUACCGAAGUACAUAAGAGCACAUAACGGGACUGCCAACUCCCAGAUAUGAGGGGAAGUUAAGGAAAAAUCUUGAUAUUUUGAUAAUGUAAUACAGUUUUUUCUGGUUGAGUCUGAAUCUUAAUCAAUUCAGGUACGGUACUGCUCAUACAUGGUCUCAUACAGAGGCAACACUUGAAGUGAAACAGAUACAGUACAUGCCACAAGUGUUUCCUCCCCAUGAGUACUCUGAAGACUUUAUAGUAGAGGAGAAGUACUAAAAAAAUGUCAUCAAAGAUUUAAUUUGAUGAGCCAUGCUGCUACAAUGCAGGGACUGUGCUGAAACACAGAGUCUCCUCUGGGCUGAAUGUUUCAAUAAUUCUUUCAGGACUUGACGCAGAACUCAGUCAACCGGAUGUGUGCAGUAUGUCUGACUGGGCAAGUGAAAACAAGCACACUCACAGCAUGUAAGUCAUCUCAGUAUCUCACAACUUGCGUCGAUGUAUUUCUGAGCUCUACUUGGAAAUAGUUGAGUCAGGCUCUAAAAACCAUGAAAUGAGGAAUAAUUUGUCAUCGUGGUGGUAAUCAGUGACUGACGCGUUUAGAAACGAUGCUGACUGUAAGUAGUAUCUAACACCUUGUGUACUCAUUUUAUCUACUGUACCUUUAUGUUAGUUCUACUUCAAAUGUUGGUGGUAGGUAUGUUGUGCUAGCUAGCUGCUUGCCCUACAAUGUGAUGUGUUGCACUGAAAUCGGCAUCUUCAUGGAAAUGCCCCAUUACUGUGAGACAGUUGGAAAGAUAUUCAUGAGUUUAAACGAUCAGCAGACUUGCAGCUCACAAUUCAGAAAAAUAUAACAGGGAGUGGAUUCUCAGGGCCAGUAUUUUCUUUGGUUUUAUUUUUGAAACAUAAAGACUAUUUUCCCAAACUCAUGUCAUAACCAUGGCCUGAUACACUGUGAAUAAUCCUGACAUUCACAGCUCCUCAAAAAUUGCUCCGUAAGAACACGUGAAGUCAAGGGAUUGUUGCCAUGGUAUCAGAAGGCAGUACAGUUAUGACACAGCUUCCUGCCUUAACCCGCAUUUGUAACAAGCAGAUGUAUCUCCUAGAAGGAAACUAACCAAAAAUGUCGUUGUGUGACACAAAGCGGUCACAUUUUUUGACUCAGUGGAGAAAAAAAAAGUACACAAAUGCUUAAUUAUUUUUGUAAAUCCACAGAACUUCCCAUAUUAUAUAAACAUGUCUUCUAAUCUUUGUGACAGGUUUUCAGCAGCAGCAAAGAGCCUUUAUAGAAAUUAAGUUUCCAGACAGGGCUAUAAAAGCUAAUUUGAAAUAUAUGAAUGAUCACUCUCCCACGCUUUUGAUUCCAAUUCAUCCUUAUCAAAUCAUCCAUCCAUCCAUCAUCUGUUUAUUCUGUUCAGGGUCACGUGAGUUUGAGCAACCCCAGCUUUCUUUAUGCCUGGAUCAGACCACAAGAUUUUAUCCUCGUUCUUGGCCCCAUUUGGUAUUGCAGCCAAUUGUCCAGAUCGUGACAUAUUUUGUCAGGAACAACAAAAUUCCUUGUAGUGUAACAUAAUCCACAAUAAGCGAUUUGGCAUCAGAGAAUCCCUACGAUGCCGCAAUGAAAAGUGUAGAAUGUUUGAUUUUUUUUUAGGGGGGGGGCGGGGGGGCAUAUCCUCCAUACAGUGUGACAUAAUGAGAACCCUGCGACAUACCACAUUGACAUUUAUAGCAUUGCGUCUUACAAUUACUUAGUUUUUAUCUUUUUUUUUCAACACAAAUCUUUGCCACAAUCAAAAUUAGCACCUCUUCCUCCAUGGUUGUUGUUUCCGCAAUGGUAACGGUUAUAUCCGGUAGCAUUGACACGUUUUCCCAUCCCGCCUCCCCCGACAAUUGGAUUUGACGAGAUUAGCCCAGUGAACGUAAUACAGUAAGCCCUCGUUUACGUUCCAGAAAACCACUGCAAUAAAUAAAAACCGCUAAGUAGUGAUUAUUAUCAUGUAUAUUUAUAAGUUUCAAAUAUGCAAUUAAAUGCCAGUUUGUGAUAUUCUGGGGGUGCAGGUAUUUUAUUUGUUCACUUGAGGUCACCAUCCACAAACUCGACACAAGCGCAUGCCUAAUAAAUGCGAGUGCUCUACUUGAAUGACGUGAACGACAGCCCUUGCAUUAGCUAUACAUUGGGCUAAGGUUGAUAUUUGUGAAGUUGUUUUUCAUAAAUCUCUUUUGACUGUGGCUUGUGUUUUAAACAGGCUUUCCGGUCACGUUCUUUGUAUCCAACAAUUUUGUGACUUAAUGAGUCAUUAAGGUUACUUUUUCUGUUAAGAAUAGGGGCCCAAUUGACCUCAUGUGAGUCAUUGCUGCCACAUGAAACUCAUAUAGCCAAUAAAGCAAACUGAGUAACUGCACUACACUGAAUUCAAAAUAUGUAAACGGCAAUCGAGGGCGGGAUUACUCUGUUGUGUAGUGCUCCCAGUGUUCUGAUCGAGACAUGGCAGGAUUUUAUGGCAGUAGUCAGACAUUGAGUCAUUGUGAGAGACCAGAUCUGUGCUCAUCUAGUCUGAUCCAGGCAUUCGGAGAGGUGGACUGGGCCCGUCAAAUCACAUGUAGACAGCCAUUCACCCCGAGGGUACCGUCCUUGUCUUUAUGAUUCCCUGUACUGUAAUUCCAUCCCAUUGUAUCACGUGUAAAUGAUCCGUUCAACAAUGAAACAUAACCUAAUCAAAUACAGCAGCCCAUAUAAUAGGUUAAGGAGAUGUUUUGUACGUUUGUACUUAUUUUGUAGAUAAACAAAUGGGUCUCAAAGCUUUGCUGCUAUUGUGUUUGCCAGCUGUCCUUUACGGUAAAUGCUGACAAUGGUUAGCAUGGUCCACAUAUCCUGCCACAGGUUUUAUUAUGCUACUGCUUGAAGAGUUGAAUCACAUUUGAAUGUUAAUUUAUGUGUUUACAAAAAAAUAUAUUAUUUUUUAUUGUUGUGCUUCAAUUUAAAAUAUACAACCCCAAUUCCAAUGAAGUUGAGACGUGUUAAACAUAAAUAAAAACAGAAAACAGUGAUUUGCAAAUCAUGUUCAACCUAUAUUUACAUGAAUACACUACAAAGACAAGAUAUUUAAUGUUCAAACUGAUAAACUUGAUUGUUUUUAUCAAAUAAUCAUUCACUUAGAAUUUUAUGGCUGCAACAUGUUCCAACAAAGCUGGGACAGGUGGCAAAAAAGACUGAGAAUGUUGAGGAAUGCUCAUCAAAUACCUGUUUGGAACAUCCCACAGGUGAACAGGCUAAUUGGGAACAGGUGGGUGCCAUGAUUGGGUAUAAAAGUAAAACCACACAAGCAAAAACAAUAAAGUUCAUCAGUUUGAACAUUAAAUAUCUUGUCUUUGUAGUGUAUUCAAUUAAAUAUAGGUCGAACAUGAUUUGCAAAUCAUUGUAUUCUGUUUUUAUUUGUUUAACACAACAUCCCACUUUCCUUGGAAUUGGGAUUGUAAAUAGUCUGCUUUUUCUAGGAUUAUUUGGCUUGAGGUUUUUUUUCCUAUCAUUGUUUGGUUUAAUGGUCAAGUAUGAGUAUUUUUUUUUUAUCUCAACAUGAAAAUCUAAAUGUAUUCUAGUUUUGUAAUAGUACAAAUGUUUUAUUGUACGUUGCAGCCUUGUAGUACACAAUCUGAGUUGCAGGAUAUCUCUGAAUUCCAUGUGUUUUUUGCUGUGAUAUAUAUUGUGUGUAAAACCAUGUUACAUUAGAGAACUCUACAUCCCACAUAGAGCUUUUAUAAUACUGUGUGAAAGCCAUCACUGCAUCACUCGUUUGGUGGUGAUAAAUGUCACUUUAAUUAAGCAACUGAUUGUAAAUUUGGAAAUGUUUAGGCCCGUGUUUGAGUCAUGGCAUGUUUUGUAAUUUGCACUCUGACCAAAUAUACACUUUAACCCUUUUGAAGUUCAUUUGCAUUACAUUCAUUUUUAAAAAUCAAUGCAUUGAAACAAUUUAAUAUUUUUUGGUACCAUUUUGACUGGCUGUUCAUUUGUUUCUCAAUUUAUACUCAUUUACUUUUGCAUUCAAAAUAUUCAAAUGGCUCCUUGAAUGUGACUGACCCUGUAAUGUGGUUAUACUCCAUCAUUGAUGGGAGGGCUAAAUCCUCUUAACUUACAUUUUUUCAUUCUGUUUUGUGUGUUUGCAGUAUUUUAAAUUGCUACUUUAUGACGCGCGUGUGUGUACUCAUAUAUUACAACACAACAGUUAGAUCGUCACUAUAGAUUUUUUGUCAUGUAUGACUGAUCUGUAUACUUUAUGUGAAGUUUGGGACCAACUGUGGACGAGCACCAUUAAGUGUGCAUCUCUAGUCUUCUCAGUUUUGCCAUAGUUGUGAUACAGGAGCAUUAUGAAGUAUUUGGUAAACCUCUAUUUUCUUUCAAUUCAAUUCAAACAUUGUAAGCUGUAUUCAAUGAGUCAGAUAAUUGUGGUAAAUAAACUUUCCAUGUGUUUGUGAAAAA